CACAAAUUACAAGGUCAUGACGCCGUGAAAACAGCAUUACACGGUCACGGCACGAGUUUUCUUUGUGACUUUGGCAUGGUGUAGUUCGGUUAGUUAGUACCGAGGAGUUUUUAUUUGCUUUUGAAAAUGGUCUUUGGAGACUCAGUAUUCUGUCCGAGCCAUAUUACCUCAAUAACGCUUGAGUUUCCUCUUCAGUAGUGCUUAUUCGUGCGUCUCUCAGCAAAGUAUUUCUGCGUUCCAUUAAGUGUAACAUUCCUUCCGUGGAAGCGGUUGUACAUUUCUGUUAGUUCCUUGAUUAAUAAUAAUCCAGAAGUGUAAGCCUUUCGAUGGUAUUUAUUGCAGUAAAUAUGACGAAACAUUGACGUCUUUUUACAUUGUUUCGUUACAUAUUCUUCGCAGGACUUGGGAAUAUAUCUUUUGUUAACGAUGACUUGUUGGCCUAACGGUGGACCCAGCAUAUUUCAUGUGUUUCCUUUUAUACGUAUCAUAUCAAAAUGUGUUAUUACAUGCGGAAAUUAAUUUGAAAAGUGAAAGUUGUAUAUAUUCAGCUGGUGUACUUUCAAGGUGAAUGGAAUUGUCAUGUGCACUGAAUGUAUCAUUUCUGAAAGUAUUAUAAUACAAGGCUUGCUGUUGGGGUUGUUGGUUCUAUGGUGUUGGUAUCACACAUUUAAGAUUCGGCGUGUUUAAUGAUAUUAGCUCACAUUAAUAAUGAUCCCUGAGUAUUUUAAUUCGAGAUCACACCGUAUUUUCAUUUCUUGGAGUGGUCUUUUUUCAGACAUGACGUGUGCCACAGUUUAUCUGCCCUUGCAUGUACCAAGGUUAAAGUAAAUACAAUCCAUAACAGUUGUAUGAAAGGCUCGUUUUCGUCCUCUUUACUUUUUUACACGGUGAAAUAAUUUUGAUGACACGCAACAUAAGGAAACCUUUAUCAGUGGUGUUUUGGUUUGGGCUUAAGUUUCCAGUUAGUAGGUCGUCUUUUCGAUUCCCCCCCCCCCCAUUCGCUUAUGUUAGAAUAACGACAGUGCGUCACAAGCUCUAACAUAAUAAGCGUGGUUUAUCACUUACUCUACGAGCAUGCUCCUGAUUGCUGAGCAGAUACGGCACAAAAUUCCAUAUUUUCUCCUAUGUUGUCUCUAACUCCUCUGUGAUCGUGGGUGGGUUUAAACCUGUUAUUGAGAAUAUUAGAGCAUCACCGCUUGGUUUCCGAACGCGAUAUUCUGAGACUGGGAUCACUGAGCAGUAGUGUUCGACCCUAUGUUGGUAUCAUGUAUGCGUGAAAAUCAACUAUUUCCUUAAUUAUAGGUCAUUUUUCCUUUUCUCGGAGCUUCAGUGCAAUACGUUUCAUCUUAUAUAGCUGAAUAUAUCACCAGCGAAAACAUUACUCCUCACAAAUUGCCUUUUGGUGGUUGCGGCAUACAUUUUCAUCAAUUUCCUAAAGAAUUGUCCACCGCAUAUUGAGAGGUUUAAUUAUUUUCAUUUGAUUUCAUAGCUGAAACAUUUUGUUUGUAAGUCGAGAUUUGUUUUCAAUCAAGCAGUCACACCUCACCUAAGUUGUCGUUUUAAUGAGCAUUUAUGUCAGUAGUUACAUGAAAUAAGCAAAAUAUCUCCCUCACCCAAUAUGUUUGUAAUUUUUCUCUCAAUAUUAUGGAAUAGUUGAUGGAUAGAAAUGAUAUCACCACUUGUUUAUAUUAGUAGUUAACAGUCCACGUUUAGGUGUCCAAACUGUAAUGUAUAUUGGGAGAAUUCUCCAGUCAGUAUACUUUCUGAUCUAUUUUUCCAGGUUAUGAUUACUGCAGAAAGUGAAGAGUGAUUAUUAGUCCGUAUAAUGAUUAUUAAGAUCAAUGAAACAUGAAGAAAUAAGAACGAAAAACAAAUUUCUCUUGUUGAUGUUCACUGAUUAACUUAAUGACGCAAAGCUUGGCACAAAAGUGCAUCAUUUAGAGUUACCAUAUUUCGGGAAAGCAUACUAGAGGAAAGAAAUGUAAUGAACCUACAAAUGAUAAAAAUGUAAGACAGAGAGAUCAAUAAAAGUACUCAGAAUCUGCAUGAUAGUAAGUGAAUGCACCUGUGCUACUAUAACGAUUUUGAGACAUGUCAUCAACAGUCUCAAAACAUUGAUUCUCGGAAUCUCCAGGUCCCAGCAAAGCAAUCUAAACCUCUAUACUUAGUUCAUAUUAAUAGUCAAUGACCUCAUUAACUUGUUUCGUAGUUUCGGAUGACUAUCUUUAAAUUCUGUCCAGCUUAAUUCUACUUCCUCGUACGUUACUCAUCGAGUUAGGUGGUGGCUCAGCAGGCGCAGCACAUGUCGCCACCAUUUCACAAACUCGUCUUAUUUUCCAUCGUAUUGCCCUCUCGACGUUUGUUAGUUUGUUUUAUUCCCUUAAAGUUUUAUACUUAUUAUGGUUCGUAUCAUGUAUACCAUUGUAUUUGGCUAUUAUAUUUGUAUGUGUUUAGUUGUAACGGAUUCCAACAGAUCAGUGAUAUUCAAAAUAAAUAAUCCCAGUUAUGAAUUCGCGCUUUAUUAACCCGGAUAAUGAAGAGAAACUAACUUUUGAUCUUUCAGAAGAAGUUCCUGAAUUCAAUGAAGAUGGAGGUUGUAGCAGCUUACUUCUGCAGUUCUCUACAUCUGAUUCUUUUAAUUCGGUUGAACAGCAACGUCAACAGCUUCCUGUUUUUGCCAAAAGAAGUCAAUUUCUCUACUUGCUUGAAAAUUCAAGAGUUUUAAUUGUCACUGGAGAAACUGGCAGUGGGAAAUCGACUCAACUACCUCAAUAUGUUUAUGAAGCUGGUUGGUUGAAUCUGAAAUCCAGUAAUCUUCAUCCAUCUGGAGUUACAAUGGCUGUGACUCAGCCUCGACGUGUAGCUGCUCUGACUUUAGCUACUCGUGUGGCUGAAGAAAAGAAUUGGCAGAUCGGUAAACAAGUUGGAUAUAUAAUACGUUUUGAGGAAUGUUGGACACCAGGUUCAACUGUCAUCUCAUACCUUACUGAAGGUAUGAUGAUACAAGAAUUAUUACGUGAUCCACUUUUAACUCGUUUCCGUGUAAUAAUGUUAGACGAAGUCCAUGAAAGAUCUCUACAAACUGAUAUUCUCUUGGGACUUAUUAAAAAAGUGUUACGAAAACGACCAUAUGAUUUAAGAGUUAUCAUUUCUUCGGCUACUAUGGAGGCUGAAAAAUUUGUAGAAUAUUUUUCAAAAAUGAAACUACCCGAAAGUGAAGACAAUAAACAAACACUAAAGUUAACUCCAGUAUCUCAUUUAAGUGUUGAAGGACGUCAAUAUCCUGUUUCUGUAUUUUAUUCCAUUGAUCCUGUUCCGUGUUAUUUGACUGCAGCAAAAGAAACAGUUUUUCGAAUACAUGAAACUAAACCUUUAGGAGGUGAUAUACUUAUCUUUGUUACAGGUCAAAAUGAAGUGUCUCAAUUAGUCGGUAAUCUAGUAGAUGAAUAUCGAAACAGAAAAGAACGUUUUCUUACAAGUCAGCAACAAAAUUCAAAGUCAAAAACACCUACAGCUUAUCCACCAUUACGUUGUCUACAACUACAUGGUUCUCUUCCUCAACACGAACAACUGCGUAUCUUUGAACGGCCAACUAGAGCUUGUCGUAAGGUUGUUGUAGCUACAAAUGUCGCUGAGGCGUCAGUUACUAUUCCAGGCAUUUCUUAUGUGAUAGAUUCUGGCUUUUCUCGAAUUCGAGCGUAUAAUCCUAUCAAUGGACUUGAAGCUCUGGUAACUAUACCUACAUCACAAGCGUCAGCACGACAACGUGCUGGGCGUGCGGGACGUACAAGAACAGGACAGGUCUAUCGGUUGUAUACAGAAGAGGCGUUUCAUAAACUCUUACCACGUUUCACAUUACCCGAGUGUUUACGUGUUGAUCUGUCUGGUGCAUUGUUACGCCUAAAAACUCUUGGUAUUGAUCGUUUGGCUCAGUUUGACUGGCUUGAUCCACCGCCUCCAUCACAUGUUGGUCAAUCAGCAGAACGACUUGUCGCUCUAGGUGCUCUUGAUGCAAAUUCUGGUCAUCUUACAAUUCCUCGUGGUCUGAAGUUGGCUGAAGUGUCUACAACAUGCGGUUUAGAUCAGCCGUCAGCAGCUGCUGCAUUGUUAGGUGCAUGUGAUGAAGGAUGCUCUCAGGAGGUUGCUGCUAUUGUUUCACUAAUGCAAAUCCAAAGAGUAUUUACUGUCUCCGAUUACAAACGCACUGGUGACCGUAUUCGUAGACAGACAUUUGGCUGUCAUCAAGGAGAUCAUUUAACAGAGCUGAAUGCAUUUGUUGCUUAUGAACAGCAGUCAAAAGUAUUGUCGAAGUCAGAACUUCGUACAUGGUGUCGUGAGGUUGGUUUAAAUGAACGUGGGUUGGCACAUGCUAUUAUCUUACGUGAUCGAAUUGGUUCUAUGUUUCGUCGUUUAAAAUUACCCUGGGUGAAAGCUGAACCUGAAGGCAAUCCUAAUCCAAUACUUCGAUCUCUUGUACGAGGUUUCUUUCAUCAGGCUGCUCGUUUAGCUCCGUCUGGAUCGCAUUAUCUGACUAUCAGAGGAGAUCAUCAAUUGCGUUUACAUCCAAAUUGUGUCUUAUACUCAUCUACAUCACGUUGGCCGGCGUACAUCCUGUUUACAAAUGUUUUUCUUACACCCAAUUUAGAUGAUGGUAAUAAUAAUUCUGGAAAAAUUGGAAAUUUUGAUAAAAAUGAUCCAUCUAGUACAUGUGUCAGUGGUGUUAGUGUUAUACAACCGGAUUGGUUAUUAGAAUUAGCUCCGCAUUAUUAUCAGUUCGGUACAGACAGAGAACAUUUAGAGCAUGCUAUACGAAGUAAACAAUGAAUAAUGUAUAUAUAAGUAACUGUACAUAUAACUGUGUGUAUACACUGUCGCACACUGUAAAUUUACUAUUUUGCUGUGAGAUUUACCGACCACAAUGUAAAAAGAAAUACCUGUUAAUUAUUAUUAUCAUUAUCUGUGUAAAUACUCUUGUUUUUACAUGUGUACAAAUUCCAUCCCAAGGUUUCUGAUAAUAAAAGAUUUUAUUUUCUA